UUGAUAAAACUGAACCAAACAUACAUUGAUCAAAGUUGUUUUCAAAAUAUGGAAACGGAAGGAGGAAAAGGCAAAGGCAAAAUGACAGAGAUUGAUAAUAUUAUUGAAGUAUUGGGAGAAAGUUAUGAAGGGCUAGAAGAUGUUCACAUAGAUAUAUCAAUACUAGAGGAGGAUGAUGAUGAUAAUCAAUGUGACAAUAGAAGCAAUGAAGUAAUUCAUGUCAAUGCUGCUGCUGCUACUGAUACAGCUAGGGAGUUGUUUUCAUCUUCAUCGAAUCGUCGCAAUUAUCAAAGACGAGCGUCUCCCUUUGUUUUGAAGAUUUAUGAAAUGCUUGCUGAUAUUCAGUUCAAGUCCUUGAUUUCAUGGAGCAAUAAUGGGACCAGUUUCAUUAUCCAUGAUAAUCAUAAAUUUGCUGUUGAAGUUCUUCCUCGUUUCUUUCGACACAACAAUAUCUCUAGCUUCAUCUGCCAGCUCAACAGCUAUGGUUUCAAAAAAGUGAGUUGGGACAAAUUUGAGUUUCGGCAUGAUUGUUUUCAGAGAGGAAAAGGGCAGUGGUUGAAGAAUAUAAAGAGAAAGAUUAGUAAGUCCCAGAUGAAUGAGCAGUCAAGGGAACGACAAGCUAUAGAUGAAACAGUUGCAUUUACAAUGGAGAAGGAGAUUGAAGAAAUCAGAGCAGAGCAAGUCGAAAUGAGGGAAGAAAUUAUGAUGUUGCAAGGGCAACUAGAUGUAUUAGAGAAGGAGAUGGAAGACAUUAAUCAAGCUGGGAAUAAUAUGUCCUCUCAGAAAGCCAAAAUUUGCAUGAUAUUGUUCAACUCUUUAUUUGCAUGUACACGAGGGCUGGGCAGCAGUGAAGUUGCACAGGAACAGGGUGGUGAGAUAGAAGAUGGUGUUGAAAACAGGGGAAAUGGCGAUCGAGGUGAGAAAAGGAAAAUGCAAGUAGAAGAAGAGUUGGAGGGAGAUAAUGAAGGGAGAAAGAAGAUUGCAGGUGCUGCAGAUUUUAAGACUGAUUCGUAUUUGGGGAAAAUGCUCAUGGAUGAGAUGAACUUGAAUAAUUUGGCUCAAGAGCAACCUGAUAAUUUCCUGGAGUCGGAGGAGCUGGCUGGAAGUUCAACUUUUUGGACUGAUUAUGUGGAAAAGAUGGAUCACAAGGCUCUAUCUGGAGUUGAUCCUGCCUUCUCACAGUUACAGGCAAUCCCACUCUAAACCUUUACAAUAUAGUAUUUGUCUGCUUAAUUAUUAUACAAUGUCAUAAAUCAUAAAAUAUGUUUACAGGACAAAAUGCUUCACUCUCAUUUGCUUUUUUUUCUUCGUUUUUCUGAUUUAAUUUCGUUUUGCAGGAAUAGGAUAUCAGGUUUCUAUAGCAUGCUAUGGACACCAAGAAGAUGCUCUUUGUUUUCUUGUCAUUGCAGUUGUUACCCAAGUGUUAUAGCCACUAACUUUUGAUUCCUGCACCUUUGUUUCUUUACUAGUUUGUUUUAGCUGUUGGACAAAUGACAUUUUACUAUGUAUCAAUACUUUAGACUCAGAUUCCCAGUGCAUGUUAUAUUAUGCAAUGCUCAGUACUCAUGAAUGCUUUCUUGUCUAUAAUAACCGACUCUGGCCAUUGCUAGUCAAUCCUUGCUUCAUCGGACUUCUGGAGUUCAGCAUAAUCAAUGCAAAUGCUACCUACAACAAUACAGCUGGGUAACUACAAUAACAACAUAUACCUUGCAUGGAAAGAUCCAUCAGAAAAAUACUUACCAAGUCUCAUCGGCUUAAGGAAAUCAUGCUACUAAAAAUGGUCAUGCAAUAUUCAUACACCUAAAGCAACAAGAAAGCACAUUCAAACAUGCAUUUUAGCAGCAACGAUUUAGU